UCGUCCUCAACGCCACCAUGUCAGCACGUCCGUCACAGCGCACGCGUCGCCCACAGCAUUACGGCCCAAGCACUUCUUCCAAACCAAUGUCGCGACCACGAUGCCGGUACAGAAGCCUUCACCGCACCGCUUCAUAGCACCCAAUCAGCCAUCUACGCAGACACCCAAGGCAAACCCUAAGUCGAACCUGCGCUAUGCGAUUAGUGCACAUACACCGAAGCCAAGCUCAGAGCUUCAGUUCAAGAAGAUCACGCCGGCGAAACGAUUCGUAGCCGCGCCGACACAACGACCUCAUGCCGGCGACGUCACGCCCCGCGCGCCUGACCGCGUCGAGGAACCAGAGUCGAGCGCAUCGACGGAUCACACGCCGCGACCAAAGACACAGAGGAAAUUUGAAAGAGUGGAGAGCAUAGAGGAAGCGUCGCAGUCGAGUCCGUCUCGACCGCUAGACGACGAUGCAGUCGACAUCGUGCAGACCAUCGAACACGAGCGCAUGUUCGCCGAAGACGAAGGAGGCGAACAUCGGGAAGCCGCGAAAAACGACGAUGACGACGAUGACGACGACGAGAUCCUCUUCCCCUCUGCCCCGCAUCCAAAGCGCCGGCGCACCUCACCUCCCUCACCCCCCUCCCCCACCCUCCCCCAUCAAGCACUCCCAGAAACGUCCUUCCCCGGCGCAGCAUCGCACCGCUUCCGCUUUCCGCCUCCACAAGCGCCCAUACCCUUCAACAACCUCGAUGUCCUCGCUCACACAACAACCACGAACCCAACCACCGUCCCCGCGCCUCCCUCGCGCCCGCACUUCAUCCUCCCCCCGCAACCAACAAGCCCACCAAAACACUCCCACCCACUUCCCGAGAUCUUCUCGCCCUCGCGCAAAACACAGAAGUACGUUGCGAACGGCCUGGCCUCCACGGUGCAAGGGUGGAUCAUCGAGGCUGCUCAGACGGGAUUUGCUUCUCCUGGGAUAGUCUGGGGCCGCGAGAGGGAGGAUGGUGUGCGGCUCAAGGCCAGAAUCUCCAGCAUUGGGAGAGAUGGCGUACAAGAAGUGGAGUGUUGCCCGGGGAGUGUGGUGUUAGUUACAGGUGAGACGGAGCCGGGGAUAUAUAAUGCGCCAAGAGCGGAGAGUGUGGUCGGUGAGGAGGAGGGUGUGAAGGUGUUGCUCGCUGGGCAAAGGGGUGUGAGAGGUGCUGGGGGUGUGAAGGUCAGGGUGGGUGGGGUUGUUGGUGUUAGGGCGCCCACGUGGGAUAUCGAUGUUUGUGGAGAGAAAUGGGCAGUGGGUGUGGAUUGGGUUGUGCUCUGACCCAAGUGUGGCCCAACUACGAGACGGAGAUGUUUCAUGAUUUUACGACUGAUGACUGACGAAUGCUGCAUGUUAUGAGGAAGCAAGAGAAUGCAUGAUCUACUUUGUAAGGGUACAUGAGGCUGAUAUCAUGCUACUACUUAUCCCAACCGCUCGGAUGGUCCCAAGUAACUCAACAUAUUCGGAGUCAUGAACGAGACCCUGGGAGCUG